AUACUACGACCAUAGAGUUCACAAAGAAGCCUAUAGAAGGAUCAAAGCAAAAUAGGAAGUUGUCAUCUGGAGGACACAGGAAGCGAUCGCUUCCUUUCUCCCCCCCACCCGCUGUUUGGUAGAUGCCGGAAGAGAAGGCCCCGGCUAACGGCGAGGGUCCAAGAUGGCGGAGGUGGAGGAAGUGACCGAGGGGUGUCGCCUCCCCGUGCUGCGCCGUAACCAGGAAAACGAGGACGAGUGGCCACUGGCUGAAAUACUUAGCGUCAAGGACAUCAGCGGCCGAAAACUUUUCUACGUUCACUACAUUGACUUUAACAAGCGUCUGGAUGAAUGGGUGACUCAUGACCGGCUGGAUUUGAAGAAGAUACAGUUCCCCAAAAAGGAAGCGAAGACACCCACCAAGAAUGGGCUGCCUGGAUCACGGCCCAGCUCUCCGGAACGUGACGUGAGGAAGACCUUGGAUCUGUCUCUACAACCAGCCGCAACUCCAUCCAGCGGUAAAACCCUUCCCAUUCCGGUGCAGAUAACCCUCCGUUUUAACCUACCUAAAGAGAGGGAGGCCGUCCCCGGCUCGCCCGACCAACCCCUCUCCUCCAGCUCCUGCGUCCAGCCAAACCAUCGCUCAACGAAGAGGAAAGUGGAAGUAGUUUCUCCAGCAACCCCCAUCCCCACCCCAACAGAGACAACACAAGCAUCAGUGUUCCCCCAGAACGGCUCCGCACGCCGAGCGGUGGCUGCCCAGCCUGGCAGGAAGAGGAAAUCCAAUUGCCUUGGCACUGAUGAGGUAAGUGCCAGGGCUUGGGGUAGUGCCUGCCAGCCUGCUUCCCAGGGGGGCACCAGCCUGGAAGAAGGAAUGUGUGGCUCUUCCUCGUUCAUCCAGAAUCUCCCGCCUCCCCCCGGUUUUUGUGAGCAGGACUCCCAGGACAGCUCUGACGGCAUCCCCUCAGCCCCACGCAUGACAGGCAGCCUGGUCUCGGACCGCAGCCACGACGACAUCAUCACGCGCAUGAAAAACAUUGAGUGCAUUGAACUGGGGCGGCACCGCCUGAAGCCUUGGUACUUCUCGCCCUACCCACAAGAGCUCACCACCCUCCCCGUCCUCUACCUCUGCGAGUUUUGCCUUAAGUACGUCAAGAGCCUCAAAUGUCUCCAGAGGCACCUGACAAAGUGUGACUUGAGGCAUCCGCCAGGGAACGAAAUCUACCGCAAGGGGACGAUCUCCUUCUUUGAGAUCGAUGGGCGGAAGAACAAGAGCUACUCGCAAAACCUCUGCCUCCUGGCAAAGUGCUUCCUGGACCACAAGACCCUCUACUAUGACACAGAUCCCUUCCUCUUCUACGUAAUGACAGAGUACGACAGCAAAGGCUUCCACAUUGUCGGCUACUUCUCCAAGGAGAAGGAAUCUACGGAGGACUACAACGUGGCCUGUAUCCUGACCCUGCCCCCUUACCAGAGACGGGGCUAUGGAAAGUUGCUGAUUGAGUUCAGCUAUGAGCUGUCCAAGGUGGAAGGGAAGACAGGCACGCCAGAGAAGCCUCUCUCGGACCUGGGGCUCCUGUCCUACCGCAGCUACUGGUCCCAGACCAUCCUCGAGAUCCUCAUGAACCUCAAAUCGGAGACCGGAGAGCGUCCACAGAUCACUAUCAAUGAGAUCAGCGAAAUCACAAGCAUCAAGAAGGAGGAUGUUAUCUCGACACUGCAAUACCUCAACCUCAUCAACUACUACAAGGGCCAGUAUAUCCUGACACUCUCCGAGGACAUCGUGGAUGGACAUGAGCGUGCCAUGCUGAAGCGAAUCCUGCGCAUUGACUCCAAGUGUCUGCACUUCACCCCAAAGGACUGGAGCAAAAGAGGAAAGUGGUGAGGCCUGCGCACCUGAGUAAGGACCAGCUGCUUGCAGGACGUCCACCCUCCUCCUCACUUUCUGUGACAAUGGGGAUCAGGCAAGGUGGCCAUGCGCUCUUUCGAAGACAUUUUC